UCCCGGGCAUGGCAAAUUACUUGGAUGACAUUUUGGCGGCCUGCAACGACACCCGGGGUCUGGCCAACAACUUCUGUGCACUUCUCAUGGAGUUGGGCCUUCUCAGCCUCCUCUUCCGAACAAUGUCUGCACUAGUCAACUGCACCCAACAAUGGCUCCUUCAGAGGAGUUAUCUGACCACCAGCACAGCCAGCUCUGAUGCCCACGGAGGUGCACCUCGCCUGCCCAGUUACAUCCACAGCUGUUGGGCAACCGAUGCAACCCAAGAACAGUGCAUGGGACUACAGUCUUUUCUCCCCAGCCAGGAAGCCAUGGGGUGCAGGUGGGGUGGGGAAGAUUUGCUCUAUCAUGGGCUUACACCUACUCUGUCAGUAACGUACAGUACGUCCAAGUUACUUGGGCAGUCGGCUUCUUAGCAGAUGAUCCAAGAAGGCUGCCACACUCCUCAUCGCCACCAGACAGCAGACAAAGUGCUGUCAGAGUACACUGGCCCCAUGGACAUUCUUUUGGCCAUAUGACAGGAAGUAGGACAAGCUGUAUACCAGGCCUGGGGCUGUACUUCAGCUGGUACGCAGGACCUGAGCACUGGGGCCAGGUGCCGAAUGCAGUCACAUUUCAUCCAUCAAGAGCUCACUCCAGAACCAUCGCUAUGCCAUCAUUGUUGCCCAUGCCAGUCUUCUCAUCCUGCAACCGACAAUGUGACCUUUCAGGAAGAAGAUAUGGAACUGAGGUGGUGAGUGAUCAGC